AGAAACUGUUCCAUAUCAGAGCCAUCCAAUGAGAAGCCCCUCCACUUAAGUUUAAAUAGAAGGUGAAAGUGGUUUAGAGGAAACAAAGUGAUAUACACUGGCCUGUGUGGCGAACAGACAUGUGGUACUGCGGAGUGCAGAUUUUGAAAGAGAAAUCAGGAACUAUGAAGCUGCUGCCAGAAAAUAUCAAGGUGCUUUAUUUUGCCAGUGACUGUAUGGAGCCGCAUGUUGAGAUUAUAACAGUGAAAGACACCAAGUGGCGCCUGAGUCUGUGUAACUCGGAGAACUCGGGGGUGGAAGAGCCGGAGUACCAGGAGGAAGUUGAAUAUGCUCUUCCUGUCCUAAGAGAUUACAGCCAGCUGCUAGAAGACCACCACCUGGGGAGUCUUGCUGCUCACAUGCCGGCAAGGACACAGGGCUAUCCAUGGCAGCUGGUCUACAGCACGGCCGUCCACGGGAGCAGCCUAAAAACUAUGUACAGGAAUAUGGCUGGCCUGGACAGCCCUGUGCUGCUGGUUAUCAAGGACAUGCACAAAAAGGUGUUUGGGGCUUUUUCUUCCGAUCCAUUCAAAGUCAGUAAAAACUGCUACGGCACAGGAGAAACCUUCCUUUUCAGCUUUAACCCUGACUUCCAGGCAUACAAGUGGAGCGGCGAAAACUCCUACUUUGUUUGUGGCGACUUGGAAUCUAUGCAGAUUGGUGGAGGAGGGGGUGGAUUUGGCCUGUGGCUGGAUGUUGAUCUGUACCAUGGCUCAAGCUUCUCCUGUCCCACCUUCCACAACCCGUGUCUUUCCACACAUGAAGACUUCAUUGUACAAGACCUCGAAGUCUGGACUGUGUAGAAAUGAGGGGAGAGCAUCUGAAAAGACGAGCUAAAAACAAAAGUAGAACCCACUUUCUUUCCUGGAGUUAGAAAACGUCAAGACUUCAAGGAGCACGUGUGGUUUGAGCCAUUACUGUACAAAACCUGCUAGAGCAGCUGCUUUCAUCGGUUCACCUGGCUCAGACUAGUCCGCAUACAGUAGAAGAAGCCUGUUCUAGAGAUUCUCGGGCUAGACUUUCUGUUUAUGCUGGUUUGAUCUGGGCAUGGAAAAGACAAGUGGCCAGAAGAAAUCCUGGGAUUCAGGGGCCUGCUACUUUAAGCUACCAGCUAUUCUGGCUAUUGCUUAGACCAGUUAGCAACUGCCAGCUGACGCUUUUAGCCCUCCAUGCCCUCCUUUUGCUGUGGGGAGCAUUGUAAUACAACGUUCACAGUAACACUGAUGAAUAAAACAUUUGUAAUUACUGUAAGCACAUUCAGGCUUAAGGAAAAAGGCUUGAGAUCUUUUAAAAUGUGUAUUUAAAGUUUGUAUCUAUGCGUGUAAGUUAUUGUAAGUCUAAGAGUAAGUGUUCAUAUGUUCUAUUUGCUUUUGUCGCCCCACGGUUUAAGAAACAAACUGAGCACAUAAAGGCCCAUAGAAAACUAAAAGGCAAAUGAAUCACUUUGUGGUGUCUGUAACAUGACAGGACCUACAAGUCCUAUCUGGACUAUAAUUGUACUUGUUUCUAACAUGAGGUCUGGGUUUAAGGUUCUCUUUUUGAAAACUAUUGCUUCCGAUGAAGCUCUUGUUAAAAAAUAAAAGUGUUACCUGUAAAGUGUGCGGUUUGUAACUGUUAACUAUCACUUCUGUUUUCAUAAAAUUAGACACCUGUCUGCCUAUUUGCAUAAAUACAUGAUAUAAUAUAUGAGGAACCAUUUCAAGUCUUAUACUGUACAUACUUUUACUAUGAAUGUAUUUUUAAGAAAAUCUAAACAGGCAAGCAAAAAACAUUUCUUGUUGUUCAUGUUUUUUUUUGUUUUUAAAUGUUUGUGUGUAAAUCAGGCGGUGCUGGCACUAACCGUGUUGUUUUGUUGAACCACAUUAAAACUUUAUUUUCAUAGCA